GUUAUCAGUUGUUAACUCAUCGAUCGCGUACUGUUUAUUGAAAAAGUGGAAAUGGCAGAAUCGUACAGAAUGUGCGCUUUAGAAUAGGAUUUCCGUAAAAUGUAGAUUGUUGUUUGUAGUUCCUUUGUUCGACCACGUCAUCGUCAUGUCAUCGUAUAUGUACUUAAAUCAGGUGAUAUCUCCUCUAUUAUCCUUCAAAGGAAUAGAAACUAGUGAAUUUUGAAAUGUGAAAAUAUACACUCGGAAAAAAUGGGUAUCAAAAGUGAGUUCACAAACAAUUUUCCAUCUCGAACGGAGGCAAACAAUUACAGCGAGGGGGAAGUCCUUGGGCUGGCCACAACCGAGGCUCUGCAAAGGUUGCACGAUGAUAUUGAGACGGUGCUGCUUGCGUAUGAGGAAAGAUACGCAAAGCGAAGAUGGCUCCUGAAGUUCAAAUCGUCCUUCGUGAAAAACCUCACAAGCGCUGUUAAUUGGUUUUCGUUACUGGCCACAGGUAUCCUUGUCGUGUCACUUUUUCUGACGGGCUACUGUUUGUCCGCUAGUUUCGUUUUGCUGCUUCUGUUGCUGACCGUUUUUAUUAUUGUGCGUGAGAAUAACCUCCGGAACACCGAGAUAUUUCGAAAGGUUCGAGAUGUGCUAGAGGAAAUUAAAUGUGGCAUUCAGUUGUGUGCCGAUUGGACUCCAUCAAAUUAUCCACAUCUUUGCAGUCCACUCUCGCCCUGCGUGACUCUCCAGUGGACCUAUCGGGAUGGGAAAAUUGCAAAUCUCCCGUGGGCGCUGCUGGUUCGAGGCGACUACAUCGUUAUGCGACCCGGUCAGGUUUCCCCGGGGACGUGUACAGAAAUCUCCGGCAAGCGAUCGUUCAAGUGCGGAGAAACGUAUGGGCUGACGAAGGUGAUGGAACCACCGAAGAAACCCACUGCUCGUACUCCUAUUCCAGAUCUGACUUGUAUAGUGGAAGUGACCCCUUACCUGGACAAUCUCCGAACAACGUUAGAUAAUUUUUUAAACCGACCAGACACUAUUAUCAAUCAACAACGGGAUCUCCUCGUCACCAAAUGCAUCCAGCAGUGGGGUUUCGCGGUGGUUUUUGCGCUCACUUCGUUGGUGGGAAUUUUGCGUUAUUUUGGGUUCUACUUCAAUGGGAAAGUUCCCACCAGUUGGAGUAACAUAUUUCUGCUCAAUCCAUCGGCCGCUCUGCUUCCGAUCCUUCCCCUGAUAUUCCCCAUUCUUUGGAUCACCAUCAAUCUCUGGGGAACGGCUCGGCUGGAGGCUCUUCUUUCGAUUCCCCAGGCGGUUAUGAGAGCACAAGCGCAAAAGUCUUUCCAGGAAGAUUUGGACACUCCGACGGGGGAUUUGGAUCACGCCAAGCUGCCUCGUCGGAUGGUGGCUCACUACUGGUGGCAGCUAUUCGUAGGCCGGAGCGAGCUGCUCAGUCGGAGUGCAAAUGUAGUUCAAGUUCUGGGAACCAUUACGGCGCUUUGCUGUGUGGAUAAGAAAGGAAUCCUAUCGUGGCCAAAUCCAACCGCUGAGAAGGUAUUCUUCUUACGGAACGCAUCGAACGACGAGAAUCAGGGUUCGGAUCAAUCCGACCAGAGUAGUCUCAAUUCACAGUGCUGCCAGGAACACUACCAUCCACUCUCGCGUAUAAUUGAGCUGAGCUCCCAGAAAGAAGGCAGCGGAGCGAUUGCCGAAGUCCUGGACCUGACGCAUGAUCAGCACAGUCCGUUCAAACUCGAAUUCGACGAUCAUGCGUACAAAAAUCACCUCAACUCGCUGAAACCUCUGGGUCUAGCGAUCCUUGUAAACACGUGCUGCCCGCUGACCCAAGCCCACUAUGCAAGGUUCUGCGGCCACGUGACGGCCGUUGCCAUGCUGGAUAAGGAUUUGGUCCCCGUGACCAACCGGUAUGCGAUUGUAGAAUCGAGUUUGAAUAGCUUUAUGCAUGGUCGCUGCCUUUGCGAACUCGCUCGCCAAAUAGGCUUCACAUCGCAUGCCCGCGACAUCUUCAAUCUGGAAGGUCAAAUCUCCAGCUAUCGGCACUUGCAACCGGAUGUCGUCCGAAGGGACAUCAAGUUCGCCCGAUCGCUGCAGCUGGCCGCCAAAGUGAAGGUUCCCUUUCCGCACUCGCUGUCGGUGGUGAUGCGCGAGACUCCCGGAGGGUCGCUACAGCUGCUUACGCAGGGUACGGCCGAUAUGGUGAUGGACAGCUGUGACGACUAUUGGAACGGGCAGGAUUUGAACCCGUUGACGGAGAAGGAACGCAAACGGGCGCAGGAUUUCUACCAACGAAGCGCACUGACGGCAUACUGCACGGCGUUUGCGUACCGUCCGCUGAGACACGGGAUAACGGGGGCCCUGUCGGGGGGAGUUGACGGCGAGGUUGCCUACAUGGAGCUUCCGCCGGAGACUAAGAAUAGGAAAGAUAUGUACAUCCGGGAAAACUUGUCCGAGUUUGAUAAUGGGGGAGCCCCAUUAACGCACCAUUCUAUAAGCACGGACUCGCUGUUGUUCAGCGAGAAUAAGGAGGACGACAUUUCCGACGUUGAUGGAUGUUACGAGAUGCAGUGCCACCAGGUGUUCAUCGGGAUGAUAACGAUGCAGUACCAAGCGCAGACGGAUAUCGUACAGUUGAUCGAACGGUUGGAGAGAGCCUGUAUAAGGUUUGUCCACUUCAGCAAGGAGAACGAACUCCGCUCGAGGGUGUUCUCGGAGAAGAUGGGUCUGGAGUCUGGAUGGAAUUGUCACAUUUCUCUGCUUAGUGAAAGCGACAGUGAAAUGUCCUCACCGACAAAACAAUUCGAGCUGAAGGUACACUCGAUGACUCCCAGUGACCAGCGCCCCGCCCAAGUGGCACAGGAGAAUGAGCUGAACAAAUUGUUGCCAAAUUUGGAGGCAUCAAAAGCGCUCAGUUCAUCGGCUCCGGGUGCAAUCUCCGAUCCGGAUUCGAAUCUACUGGAUAUACAAAACGCGCACAACCGGAAUCCCUCGAUAGAUAACUCUAACGAUAGCUUUGGAAUGAGAGGGUUUCAAGAGAACCUCAAACUGCACCGGAGAGCUUCCCAAGAUUCGGCCAUGGAUUGCGCAGCGAACGACGAUAAUUGUCGCUCGUUGAGCUGUCUGACGGAUAGUACCGAGCAAAGUGCUCCGAUCAACUUCGAUAUGUCGAAUCGUGCCAAGCUUCCGAGAGGCAUCGAGAACAUUCGGCCACAUCUGGAGAAUGUCGACAAUGUUCCGCUACUGGUCUCGCUUUUCACCGACUGUUCGGCGGAAGCGACCCGAGAGAUGCUCAAAAUCAUGCAACAGUACGGAGAGAUCGUUGUUUGUCUAGGCUCUUCGGCUUCGAACUCCAACUCGGAAAUAUUUCUCCAAGGAGACUGUUCGAUAGCGAUCGAGCCUCUGUAUCCGCAGGUUUGUCAGGACUAUUCAGCUUACACGGAGGCAAACAUCUACAACAACAAAGGCAAAAUUCGUCCGGCCAAACAGUGUAAACUGUUCCGCCCGAUUCCGGACAAAAUUGUAACCAUUUCGCCCAUCUAUCUCAGUCGAAUGCUGAACUCGAUCUCCUGCUCGAUCGCGAUGUGUCGCGACGAUCCGAUCUCCAUAGUGGACGUCAUCGAACUGUCCCGACGAUUUAUCCUGGGACUGUGGAGUUGUGUGCAGUUCUGGGCCUGCUGUGGUGUUACCCUGGCGGUCAUGAACACCAUCACCGCCAUCAUCUCGCUUCCUCCGAUGGUCAUUCCUCAUCACGCGCUCUAUCUGAUGUGCUUCGCAGUGCCUCUGAUUUCGCUCACCCUCUUACGAAUCGAGCCCGAUGCGGGGAUUAUGAAGCGAGCCACCGGCAAGAAGCAGACCUGUCUCGAUUCCCGCCUUAUCAUAUUCGUGCUCUGGUGUUACGGCAUCAAGUUCUCGCUGAUCGUUCUGUUUCUCGUCAUCUCGUACUGUUCCUUCCUGUCGCACCCAAUCGAGAUCUUCUCGGGGGACGAAGACGAUGACGCGACGGAAAAUUUCACCAACGAUCUAGCCGUGGCCCGAAGUUUCGUCUUACUGGGCAUCGUUAUCCAUUUCGUAACCAUAUCGGCUUCCUUCGUUCAUCGAGACUACACAAGCUUCAGGCGGAAUCCACUCAGCAAUCUGUGCUGGGUUUCGGUGGCCGCUGGUCUGCUUGUGUUCCAUACGCUUAUCGUGGUGGUCCACGUGUGCACCAACGAGUACUACUGGCAGGAGGUGAACCGCAUCUGGCCCGUCGUACUUUUCCUGAUUCUGACGGCGGUCGUAACCUUCGCCAUCACCGAGUUCUUCAAGUGGGAGGAAAUCAAGGUCAACAGUCGAUAUAUUCGACGAGCGAGGCUGGAUUUCGGCACCAAGCUUGGGAUGAACUCACCGUUUUAAGAGAUCACCACAAAAGACUUAAAACAAAAACGGAAUUCGUGCGAAAGUACUUAUCCCACAGAACUGUAUGUACUUGUUUCCUUUUUUGUUAUCGCUAUUGUUACUGCUGUAGAUGUAAGAUUAUAUUUUAGGGUAGAACUUUAUUUCUUAAUUUGUCAGAUACGUACUUCACGGUCAGAAGACUUGUUCGAUCUUUAUUACGUUUUUGCGAAAACUUAUAAAUGUAUCAGAAUACAUUGAUGGUACUUAUUUCGAA